CUGACACAGCCUAUUGUGUAAGCAGUUGUGUAACCUUACAGGUGUGUUAGGACUGUCACAACUGCAAAGUAGGAGGAAGUAUUCUCUCUACAACCUAACUACAAGUCAGGUGUUGCUUAUUGAAGCUGCCAUCUGGGCCAAUCGCGUCUCGCCGUGGUGACAUCACACCUGUGACAGCACCGUUUCCUUGGUAACAGCGGAACCCCAUCAUGCUCGGGUAGAUCUGGAGUUGAGCUGAUCGAGCGGCCGUCACACCAAGAUGGGUCUCCGCGGCAGGCAGUUUCUGCUGUUGCUGUGGAAGAACAUCAAGCUACAGAUCAGAAGACCCAUUGGUACCUUCAUCGAGAUAUUUGUCCCCAUCGCUUUGUUUGCACUGCUGAUUAUUGCAAGGAGAAGGCUAGAAGCUACAGACCACUGCUUCUCUACCUAUGAGCCUGGGUUUGAAGAGCCCCAGACCAACAAUGGUGGGGGUAUGGGAUCCCUCAACAUGUCCCAGUUGGCUGCUAUGGCUGGAAAUACUCCCAAUAAAGUGGCCUACUUCCCUAAAAACAGCCUGACUACCCAGCUGAUGAGCCAGAUAGUUGCGCAGGUUCAGAAGCAGCCUGCUACUGUGGAGUUUGCGUCAGAGUUUGACAUGGCGAGGACGGUAGCUGAGGAGCAGACCACCUACUACGGAGCGAUUGUGUUCUACAUCGAGCCAAACGCCACGUCCCUGCCUAAUGACGUCCACUACGCCAUACGCCUGCCUCACGACAUCGCGGGAACUCGCAAAACCUGGGCUACGGAGAGAACCUACCAAACAUUCUCCCGGCCUGGACCCAGGCAAACUGGGGACAGGGCGGACUACAAGGCGCGGUUCCUGGUACUGCAGGCUGCGGUGGACACUGUGCUGAUUCAGCACCAGGCUGCAGCAAACGGGUCAGCCAACGCUCUGCAAGACGUGGAGAUACAGCUGCAGCAAUUCCCGUACCCGAAGUGGCGUGAGGACACGUUCCUGCAGACCAUCAGCUUCCUGCUGCCGCUCAUCCUGACCCUGGCCUUCAUCUACACCGCAGGCAUGAUGGUCAAGGAGCUUGUGUAUGAGAAGGAGACCCGUCUGAAGGAGAGCAUGAAGAUGAUGGGUCUGGCCAACUGGGUGCACUGGCUUGCGUGGUUCCUGAAGAACCUGUUGUUCCUGCUGCUGACAGUUGUUCCCAUCACUCUGGUGCUGAAGUUUGCCGGCAUCCUGGCCCACAGCGACCUCUCCCUGCUGAUCGUGUUCUGGCUGUUCUGGGUCAUCGCCUCCAUCGCAUGGUGCUUCAUGGUCUCCACAUUCUUCUCACGGGCAAAGGUAGCGUUGCUGUUCAGCCUAGUUCUGUGGUACCUGAACUACAUGCCGUACCAGUUCAUUGUGACGUCGUACGAGGACAUGUCAGCCCCUCAGAAGGCUGCAGCCUGCCUCCUGUCCAACACCUGUGCAUCCAUCGGCAUCAGGCUCAUCAUAUACUACGAGGAGGCCACCAUCGGUGCCACAUGGUCCAACUUCCGCACCACCCCGUCAGUGGAUGACAACUUCUCCCUGUCCAUGGUUCUGGCCAUGUUUGUGGUGGAUACGCUGUGCUACCUGCUGGUGACGUGGUACGUGGAGGCCGUGUUUCCCGGGAAGUACGGAGUCCCCAAACCCCCCUACUUCCUCUUCCUCCGGUCCUACUGGUGCGGCCCCAGCAACAGGGUCAAGCACGGAGAGGAUCUCGAGAUGGAGCCAGCGAACAACCCAAGCACCGAAGACUCACCCCAUGAGCCUGAGCCCCAGGGCCUGCCGCUGGGCAUCUCCAUCAAUAACCUGGGCAAGGUCUUCAAAGGUUCCACCGGGAGAAAGGUUGCUGUGGAUGGUCUGUCGCUCAACAUGUACAAGGGCCAGAUCACCUCACUGCUGGGGCAUAACGGGGCUGGUAAAACCACGACCAUGUCCAUCCUGACGGGACUGUUCCCCCCGACCUCCGGCACGGCCACCGUGAAUGACCACAGCAUCCUGACCAACAUGGACGAGAUACGCAACAGUCUGGGACUCUGCCCACAGCACAACGUACUGUUUGACAGGCUUACUGUCAGGGAGCAUCUCUACUUCGCCAUCACUCUGAAAGGUAAGACAGGUGAUGAAGCUAAGAGGGAGAUUGCCCAGAUGCUGCAGGACCUUCAGCUGGAGAACAAGUCUGGGACUGUCUCCGACCAGCUGUCGGGAGGGAUGAAGAGGAAACUGUCCUGCUCCAUGGCUCUCAUUGGCGGUUCCCAGGUGGUUAUCCUUGACGAGCCGACCGCCGGUAUGGACCCGUACGCGCGGCGGGCCACGUGGGACCUGCUGCUGAAGUACAAGGAGGGGCGCACCAUGCUGCUCACCACACACUACAUGGACGAGGCCGACCUGCUGGGAGACAGGAUUGCCAUCAUGGCCAACGGAAAACUCACCUGCAGCGGGAGCUCACUCUUUCUCAAGAAUAGGUUUGGAGUGGGAUAUCACCUAACCCUUGCGAAGUCGCCAGUCUGUGUGGAACAGAAGGUAAAAGACGAGGUGGAGAAGCACGUUCCGUCUGCACUGUUUGGCGGGAGCGUGGGGUCGGAGAUGGCGUUCAUCCUCCCCACCGAGACCACCAGCCUCUUCGCGCCGCUCUUCAGGGAGCUGGAGCAGAACAGGGAGCUCUUCGGCAUCAACAGCUUUGGCGUCUCUGUCACAACCCUGGAGGAGGUCUUCAUGAGGACUGGUGAAGGGACACUGGACGGCAUUGGGAGCCUCACCAACCUCCAGGCCCACAGUAACGGACAGGCCAAUGGGACAGUGAUGACCCAAGAGACAACCAGCGUGGAUGAGACUUUGCUGGCAGCUGACGGCAACGGGAUAGUGGCCCCGCCGCCCCACAGCGCGGUGAACAUGGAGGACGGUUCUGUGUACCGGUACAGGGACAACGGAGACCUGGUGAAGGGGUGCGCGCUGAAGUGGCAGCAGUUCAAGGCAAUGAUAGUGAAGCGUUUCCUCAGCGCAAAGCGCGACAAGAAGGCUCUGAUCACGCAGCUGAUCCUCCCCCUGCUCUUCGUGUUCCUUGGCCUGCUGGUCAGCAUCACGUUCCCGACCCGCUCCAGCGACCCCGCCCGAGAGCUCAACUUCGCCAACGCCAGCGCUAACGAGCAGACCACGGGCCUGUUCGCCGACCUGAGGACUCAGAACAGCAGCGGGAACCUGUUCCAGCACCUAUCCGCAUACCUGUCCCAGUACAACAUGCAAGGAAGUGACGUGACUUCCACCGUCAACUCUCUCGUGUCCGACAACGCGGGAAGCAGCGUACAAGGGACAACGCUAACGGACAACGCGCAAUGCUGCGGCUAUCCCAACCUGGUCCUGAACUCACAGUGCGCUGACGCUCUGUAUGCUGACUCCGUCACAGCCAACGCUUCGUCAUCAUACCAGGGCAAGUGUGUGAACAGCCAGGACUUUGGUUACUACCACUGCUACUCCUGUAUGCUGCGAAUGGCACCCACCAGUACCUGCCCCAUAGGUGUGAAUGCAAGUUUCCUGCCGGACACCACCAUGUACUACCAGGAGCACGUCCUAAGGACCAGUGACUCUGCCUCCUACUUCCGCAGCACCCUGGCCGGCUUCACCCUCUCCUCUAACCCUGAGAAUGAGAGCCAGACCCUUGCCAGAGCCUGGUACAGUGACCAGGGGUAUCAUUUCCCUGCCGUGUCGCUGAAUGCAUUGAGUAACAUCCUUCUGCAGUUCUACACUAGCACUGACCACAGCAUCAAGGCCACCAACUACCCCCUGCCCAACAGUGCAGAGAACCUGGCCGAGAACGCCUCACGGAGCGGGGCGGGCGUGAGUCUGGCCAUCCUGGUGGUCUACGGCAUGGCCUUCCUCGCUGCAAGCUUCGUGCCAUUCGUCGUCAAUGAGAGACAAUGCAAAGCCAAACACAUCCAGUUUGUGAGUGGGCUGGACCCUGUGACGUACUGGGUGGCCACGUACGUGUGGGACAUGAUCAACUACCUGGUGCCCUGGGUCUGCCUGGUCAUCAUGUUUGCUGCCUUCAACACCGACGACUACGGGGGAGAGAACCUCGGCACUGUGGUCACCCUGCUGCUGCUGUAUGGCUGGGCAGCCCUGCCCUUCACCUACAUGGCGGGGUUCAUGUUCGACUCCCCGCUGACAGCCUACUCCCUCAUCACCUUCCUGCUGUCCAUGGUGACCUUGGGAUCCAUCAUUGCUGUCUUCAUCCUGGGCAGCGUCACCGGCGACGAGGACAUCGCAGAGAUACUCAACUUUGUCUUCUUGCUGCUGCCCACACAUGCACUGGGCAAGGGUUUCAUAGACCUGUCCACCAACAGCCAGCUUCGUGCCCAGUGCACCGCCAGCGACUUUGCCAAGCAGGCCUGCGAGGCAUCCAACAUCACCUACUACGACAACAGCUUCGAGUGGGCGACGCCCGGCGUGGGGCAGCCGGUCGCCUUCCUGGCCGGGGAGGGGCUGGUGUACUUCCUGGUGACCCUGCUGGUGGAGUUCAAGUUCUUCACGUUCCUGUGCUUCAGGGAGGAGGCGCGGGACGGAGGGAGCGAGGGAAAGGUGGAGGACGAGGACGUGGCAGAGGAGCGCAAAACAGUGCUGAACAUGGACCCAAAGACGGGGAAGUCAGCGGUUGUGCUGCGUAACCUGGGGAAGAUGUACGGCAUGAGGAAGUGUAAGAAGGCGACACGCCCGGCCGUGAAGGACCUGUGUCUGUCCAUCCCCGCCGGGGAGUGCUUCGGACUGCUCGGUGUGAAUGGGGCUGGGAAAACCACCACAUUCAACAUGCUCACAGGUGACCUCUCUGCCACCACUGGUACCGCAUUCCUGGAUGGCCUGAACAUCCAGACCCACCAGCGGGAGGUACGUCAGAGAAUGGGGUACUGCCCCCAGUUCGACGCCCUGCUGGAGAGACUCACUGCACGUGAGCUGCUGACCAUGUACGCUAACCUGCGUGGAAUCCCGUCCCACCGGACCAAAGGCGUGGUGGACGCCACCAUCGAACACCUCAACCUCAGAGAGUACGCCGACAAGCUCUGUGGAACAUACAGUGGCGGGAACAAGAGGAAGCUGAGCACAGCAUCAGCCAUUGUGGGGGAUCCUCCUAUCAUCUUCUUGAAUCCCUCUGUUACUGAGCUGACACUCAAUUGCACUGUACACUGGCUGUUCUCUCCUCUGUCACCCCUCCCCUCUACUUCACCACCUCUUCUCUCUUUUGUCUCUCCCCCCUCCCAGGUGUUUCUCCGUUUCGCCCUGCACCAGGAGGGUGAAGAGGAGGUGGGGCUCGCACGGGUCAUGUCUGGUACGACUCCCUCCCUCACCACUCUCGCCAUGUGCAGUGCCCACUCCCUGGCCCUCAGUGCCCACUCCCUAGCUCACAAACAGACCCUGCUGGCCCCCGACAGUGUCCAGUCCCUGCACCGAAGGCUGUAUGAGCCCGAACACGAUCAGGACGAAACCGAGUUUUAG